AUAAAAUGGUGGUGGAGCAGUCGACGCAACAUUCUUAAAACACGCAUGCGCGCGCCUGCGCCACAGAAAAGUAGUACGCUGGACUUUUCAUUUCACGGAAUCGUGCACGUCUUUUCAUGGCAUACAAAAUUUUGCAACGAAUGUGAACAGGUCGUUUAACUUGAAUUUCAAAUUUGUAAUUAUUCACUUGAUAUCUAGAUAAAUUGGACAUAUCUAUAUUCUGUGAACAGAAUUCAUACGUCGAGGUGCGCAGUGAUCAAUGCGCAUUGUCAGCCUGAAACACAGUGAGCAGAUCAGUGGGAGAGUCGAGUGUAAUGUCUGAUAAGACAAGCGAUGGACAACCGUGAGAGUGCAUGAUCGUAUUUUCAAUUUUGACAGUUCAACGAAGAAGUGACUGAAAAGAUAUCAAGUAUUCAUGAAAAGCACUAUAAUCAUACUUAAUAUGUAUAAUUUGAUGUGCCAUUAAUCAAGAUAGUCUAACGAAAGACUAAUUCAGAAAAUCGCACGAACAGAAAAAAAGCACGAGUGGUCAGUGUGUGUGCGCGUUGUUGAGCACUACGUGUCUUUUGUUGGAAUAGACAUACUAUAUAACAAAAAAGUUUGUCUUUAUUAAAAGAAAUAAAAUAAAAUAAUUCGAUAUCUGUCUUAAGUUUUUCCAUUAACAAACAAAGGCUGAUUCUGGUGUUGCCUUUGAGGACUAGAUAUAACACUGCCUCUCUUUUUCCCUCUCGUUCUUGUUCUUGAGGACGAAGAAGAAGAAUGGAGGCGAUAGCAAAGCACGAUUUUACAGCGACGGCCGAAGAUGAGCUUAGUUUUCGAAGAAGCCAAAUCUUAAAGAUUCUGAAUAUGGAGGAUGAUAUGAAUUGGUACAGAGCUGAAUUAGAUUCCAGAGAAGGACUCAUUCCAAGUAAUUAUAUAGAGAUGAAAAAUCAUGACUGGUAUUAUGGAAGGAUAACCAGAGCAGAUGCAGAAAGACUAUUAAUGAACAAACAUGAAGGCGCCUUUCUUAUUAGAAUCAGUGAAAGUUCUCCUGGUGAUUUCUCUUUAUCUGUGAAAUGUUCAGAUGGUGUACAACAUUUCAAAGUAUUAAGAGAUGCUCAAGGUAAAUUUUUCCUCUGGGUGGUCAAAUUUAACAGUCUUAAUGAAUUAGUAGAAUAUCAUCGUACAGCAUCUGUAUCUCGUUCACAAGAUGUUAAACUGAGAGAUAUGGUACCAGAAGAAUGUUUAGUGCAAGCAUUAUAUGAUUUCCAACCUCAAGAACCUGGUGAACUUGAAUUCAAACGAGGUGAUGUAAUUACUGUUACUGAUCGUACAGAUCAACAUUGGUGGCAUGGAGAAAUUGGUAAUAGACGAGGCCUGUUUCCUUCUACAUAUGUUACUCCAUAUCACUCCUAGGCCUCAUGUUGUGCACACAGAGGCCAAAGGCAUCGGCCACAUUAUCCCACCACUAUCACGUACAGGAUCAGACUUACUGCAGAAUUAAUCAACAACAUUUUACAAACUCCACCUAUUGAAUGGGCUACCAGGAUGUAUUGGUGGUCUAGGCGUAGAGUUGUUUAAAUAAAAUCAAUAUUAUUGCCAAUAUUUUUUAUUGGUCUCAUUGAAAAAAAUUCUUCGUAUUUAGUAAUUUAUAUAAACAAAUGUAGAGUUCCUGAUAUAGUAUAUAACAGGGUAGCUUUUUUGUUAUUGGAUUUAUUAGAGGAAUUUUUCAUUGGGACUAAUACUGCUAUUCAACAUAUUUGAUAGAUGUGGGUAUUAUAUAAUAGACACCACAUUAAAUUAUCUUAAAUUUAAUUUUCUGUAAUGAAUACUCAAAUAGAAAAUAGAUCUGAGAGAUAAAUUUACAAUAUUUAAAUAUAAUAAAUGAAAUUUUAAAUGGUGUUUUCUAUAUCUUGGUAGUCCAUUGAUGGAGUAUAUGUAAAACUUAUAAUAUUAACUAUAUACGUCAGUAAAGAAAAAUAUUGAUCGUAUUAAGAAGGAAGAUGCGUAUUAUUUCAAAACAGGUUUAUAAACGGGCUGGCAUAAACGUUGUAUUUUUCAAUACGAAUUUAUUGUUUGAAGUACGGGGACCUUGGUGAUAAAAAGCCUAGUAAGCUAUCCAUAUGCGAGAUACAAAAGAACUUUAUAUAGAUAUAUAUAGCAUUAUAACGCGUCGCCUUUUGGCAUAAAAUGCACACCACAUUCUGCCUCUAUGUUGUGAAUAUUUUUACAAAUAUUUGUGGAAGAAAAUAUUCUUCCGGCGGUUAAGAUACGUCUGAUAUUAUUACAUCAGAUAUACUUGCUGUGUAUCAUAUACAUAUAGACUUGUACUAUUCAGACUGUAUGUGGAAUAAUUAUUCUGGCAUCUCCUGAGGUAAAUCUUUUUAUCAAGUAUUAGCAAAGGAAUAAGCAGUUUAAAUAAGCUGUUUUGCUUUUUGAUUUUUCCAAUUAUAUGCAAAUAAUUGGAAAUUUUAUUUUUAUCAUUGCCCUUUAUGCUAUGAAACAAUUUUUUGAAAAAUUGUUUUUUCUUCUAAAGGUUUUAUAAUGAAAAAAAUGAACAAAACAAGUUUUUUACACAAACAUCAUACAUACUUAUUCAUUUCUAAUAUGACUGAUACAUUCUUUGUAAUGUAAGAAAUAUUAGUAACUGAAAAAAUUAUAGAAUGAAAAUAAAUAUAUAAAUUUUUAGAAAAAUUAUUUGAAUUUAUAUUAUUUAAUGUUUUCAUAAUGAGAAAUUUAUAUUUCUUAACGCAUUUUUCUGAUAAAAAGCGAUAUCUAUGUAUAUAUAUAUAUAUAUAUAUAUAUGAUUAACAAUAAGUAAACUAUGAAAAUAAACUACUUUUGAAUGAAUAGUAUGUAUAAUGUUUUUGUUUUAAAACUUAUUGAUGUUAAUGUGCGGAAAUUCAUGUAUAUUUUUUAAAUAUUUCUUUUUAUCUAAUUAUUUCGAUAUUCUUGCUUUCUUAUUUCCGUGUAAACAAUAAGAAUAUGUAGUCCUAUUGUGUAAUUAUUAUUAUUCGUUAUGUUUACAUUUUAUUGAUAACAAUAUAUUAUAUUAAUUACUCUU